AUGGAGAUGCGGGAAAUCAAUUCGUUCCACCACUCACUCGGCUACGAAUCCCCCAUGGCACCCACACAGCACAGAGAACCGAAUGGCAACACCACAGAGGGCUGGGCUUUCGUCGGCGGCUGGGAACAGUCGACUGCAAUGCCGAGGGGAGGACGGGAGAGUAGAAAGAUUGGAUUGGAUUGUCACGAUUCAUCCAAAUCAGGAAUACAACUGUGGGUAGGGAGUUUUUCCGCAUGUUGGGCUGAUCCCUACGCAGGUAUGACUCAGAAAAACUAUUCUUCUUCCUCCUCUUCUUCUUCCUCCUCCUCUUCUUCUUCCUCCUCCUCUUCUUCCUCUUCCUCUUCUUCUUCACCUUCUUCUUCUUCCUCUUCUGCUUCCUCCUCCUCUUCAUUCUGA